AUGGGGGAUCAUAUCGUUUUCCAGGACAAAUCUAAAGAAGCUCGACCAACCCUAGAUGCUCUCUUUAACGACUCGAAGCUCGACGAAAUGGCGCAGCUGAUCAUGCUCCAGCAGCAAAAUCCACCAGAAGCUCAAGAAACUCGCGUCGGAUUUUUCUACGAAGACACUUUUGAAGGACCAAAGCCGAAUUACAUCAAACUGGAGCUGAAAUUCAACGACGAUCGAACUGAGUUUACUGGCAGCGGGUUUCAUUUUGCGAACAACCAAGCUUUUGAAGUCGUAGAAGGAGCAGUUAAUAAAAAGACAAAGUAUUGGAAAUUCAUUUGCGCGUAUGAAAGUGGAAGAAAAAAGGCCACAGGAAGAAAAGAACUUGUUCAGUUCUGGGGCUGGUCGCAUGGAAGAGUCUGGUGCGGCGGAUACCACGAGCAGGGCCAUGAAUAUCAAGAUAAGAAGCUGCAGGCUUACGCGGAACAAGCUUUUAUUUUCCCUGAACAUGAAUCUUUCGAAUUUCAUUGA